CCCGGUUCCAACCCGUUCCAUGGUGACAGACGCCGCGCCACCCGCGGGUCGCGCCAUGGAGCCACAAGACUUGUCGGCGUCCGAGCUGGAGGCGAUGUUGAGUGAGCUCUUGGGCAAGUAUCAGGAGCCUGCCUUCCAGCGCGCCUUGCAGGAGGCCUACAGCAGCUGUGCGAGGCAGAAGAUCGGGCUCCAAGCAGCGUUAGGGCCACUGGUUCUUUCGGUGCAGAAGCCGGUGUUGGAAAAGUACGGCCUCCCGGGCAACGCCAGUGGCGUCGACCUCAUGAAGCAUGCCGUGCAGCGCCGCAUUUGCGAAGGCUCCGACGCGGUGGAAGAUUUGGCGAACCAAGCCCGGAAGGCCCUGGGCAUCGAGCAGCUGCCCAAGCGCCAGGUCUCCGCGGAGGAGCAGCUGCAGCGCGGCGCCGAUGAGACGGCGGCCAAGUUUGCCGGAGAUGGGCAGCCCCAGCUGUGGCAGCAGUGUGCUAAAAUGCUGGAGCAAGCCAUGGCCAAAGGCACGAUCCCAGAAGCGUCGAUGCAGUUCUUGCAAGAGCUCUUGAGCAGAGAGGCGGUGUCAGUACCCUCGAUCCUGUGCUUGUUCAGGAUGGCCCAAUUGGGGAUCCAUGUGAGCCUGCUGAGGGGCCUGAGGAUACCUAGCGAAGUGCCCGAGGUCGUGGAACUGCCACCAGCGAAGCUCUUCUUUGAGCGCUAUGCCUUGACUGGCUCUCCCGUGGUCCUCCGCGGAGCCUUCUCGCCCGAGCGCUUUGAACCCUGCGGCCGAUUGCCGGACUUCGACUUCUUACGCCAGAAGUGUAGCCACCGGCGGGUCUUGGUGAAGAGUCUGGGCUUCCAGGACGGCGCCGGGCGCUUGCAGUUCAUGACGGACCCUGAGUUGAAGCUGCCCUUUGCAGCCUACCUGGAGGCGGUCGAACGCUGCGAGCGAGGGGAGGCGGCCAUGCCCUACUACCUGGGCAAGGUGCCCCUGGCGGCGGAGCUGCCUGAGCUGGCGGAGGAGAUCCGCGCAGCCCGCACGGACCCGCAGCAGGAGUAUGGCAGCUGCUUCGGGGACCUGCUGCCCGAGGGCGUCUUCACCUACUUUGGCUGCGGCCGGAACACCACGUCGGUGCACUACGACGCGCAUGAGACGCUCGGUGCUUGCUGGAAUCUCAUGAUCUGCGUGUGCGGCCGGAAGCGCUUGUGGCUCUACCCACCCGGGGACGCCCGCUUCGUGUAUCCCAUCUCCAAGGACCGUGGGCCGAGCAUGGAUUUCAGCCGCUCCUCCAUUUUGCCCUUCCAGCGGUUCGAGGAGCUGAGUGCCUCCGAUCGAGCUCGCUACCCCAUGUUGGCGAAUGCUGCCGGGCCACUGGAGGUUUGGGUGGAGAAAGGCGACUUGUUCUAUCUGCCGAGCAGUUGGUGGCAUUGUGUGGAGGGCUCGGAGGAGCGGAACAUCAUCCUGAACUGGUGGUUUGCCAUGCACCCCGAGAAGAAGCAGCAAGCCUUUGCCGAGCAAGUGAGAGCUGGUGGGUAUGCGUGAAGCCGCUGGCGAGGCAGAAUCCAAAGUGGAGCUGGUAAGUCUGAGAGUUGCCGUGUGAGCCUCACAAAGUUCACGCGCAAAAAGACAGCGUCUCAGCGUCUCGGUGGUUUCACUUCA